AUGAGUGAUAACGAAGAGGAGAAAAUGACAGUGUUGCAGAGGCAGUUCACGGCAUUGCAGGAGGAAAUGGCACGGUUGAGAGAAAACAACAAUCAAAUUCAGAUACAGCAAAACCCACCCGCUAACCCAAUCCAGAAUCAAGAUGAGCCUCCAGCCAAUCCUCUAAACAACGAUGAAGGUCAGGAUAAUAACCAAAAUCCACAAGGUACUAAUCAAUUACAGUUAGCAACUAUAACUAGCUACAAAUUACCUCCUUUCUGGAAAAACAAACCCCAGUUAUGGUUUACACAAAUCGAAACAAUAUUCCGCAAACGAAACAUUCGUAGCGAGAGAUCCAAAUAUGACGCUGUGGUAGAAAUUCUAGAACAAUACGCGGUAGAAGAGAUUUCCGACAUCAUCGAGCAACCAGUGAACGACGAAUCAUACAAAUUAUUAAAAGACACAAUGAUAAAACGUUUCUCGGAAUCAUCUGAACGUCAGCUACACCGACUUUUGUCUGAAGUGGAACUAGGUGACAAAAAACCAUCUCAACUACUACGACAGAUGCGUGAUCUAGGUAGAAAUCAAGCUACCGACAAUCUAUUAAAGACAAAAUGGAUGAGUUUACUACCAUCACAUGUUACAAACGUACUCCUGGUAGCACAAAACGUGGACUUAAAUCAACAAGCUGACAUAGCUGAUAAGUUAAUGGAAAACUCAAACGGUAACGUGAUGGAAGUUGAGACUACAAACUCACAAGAAGUACAUUCAAUUAAAAAUCCACCAGCGAAGCAGAGUGACGACAGAUUAGAUAAAUUGGAAAACAUGAUACUUGAGCUACAGAAGAGUGUCAGACAAUUACGUGGAACAAACAAAGCAACAUUCCAAGAAAACAGAUCACGCUCGAGAUCAAGACCGCGAUUUCGCUCCGCAGAUGGUACAUGCUACUACUUGUGA